CAUUUAUGUGAGCAGCGGUCUAUACUAAAGCAGCCAUUCAAAAAUAGUUUAUUUSCUCGCUAAAAAUGAGUAAAUUUAGCUCUUUCAAAACACAUAUUUAAUGAAUGUUAUGUCCUGAAAAGUAAUUUAGCAUUUCUUUAAGUUAUUUGAUAGAAAAACACUUUAAUCACCGAUCRAAAUGGCGGAAUACCAGGCAGUGAUAUUAGCUGCUGGAAGUGGCUCGAGAAUGUACCCUCUAACUGAGAAAAUYCCAAAGGCAUUAUUACAUGUUGGAAAUCUACCUUUGAUAUGGUAUCCUGUCAAUACGCUAGAAAAAGCAGGGUUUGAAGGUAUGAYAGUUGUUGUGCUUGAAUCAGAAGCAUCUCAAAUAUCACAUGCUCUCUCAACAUACUGCAGUAAUACAAAGUUAAAAUUUGACUAYGCAAUGAUACCUGAUGACAAAGACAUGGGAACUGCUGACUCCUUAAGACAAAUCAAAGACAAAAUUGAGAAAGACAUUGUUUUAGUGAGCUGUGAUCUAAUAACUGAUGUCCCUCUUCACCGUCUUGCUGACAUCCAUCGUACCUAUGAUGCAUCCAUUACAGCUCUUCUUGCUCCUAUCCCUGAAACAAACGCUGACAGAGAGGCAGCUGCUAAUCCUAAAGCAAAGAAGAAGAAAACUAAUAACUUAGAUCAAUGUGACUAUGUUGGAAUUCAUUCAAAUGAAAGUAGRCUGAUAUUUUUUGCCCCUGGUGCUGAUUUAGAAGAAACUCUUGUUGUUAGGAAAUCUCUGUUAAAAAGAUACCCAAGUAUCAAUAUUGUAACCAAUUUAAUGGAUGGUCACCUGUAUCUCAUGAAGAAAUGGGUUAUUGACUAUGUUGCACAGAAUAGUUCCAUAAGCACAGUAAAAGGAGAACUUGUCCCUCACUUGGUGAAGAAACAAUUUCAGAAGGAAAAGAUACUAAACAGGCCUUUAUAUGGAGCUGAUACUAGUUCAGUUUCUGUAGUCGGAGAUGACUCUAAACCAGAUCUUUUAAGUUUUGCAAUUGAAGAUGAGAUUACUACUAUCACAAGAGAUUACACGUCAUGGAGCAGCUCUGGCUCAACAGAGUAUCAACRUGGGAACAGGAUUCGAUGUCAUACAUAUGUCAUGGACAGUGGAUUAUGUCUUCGAGCUAAUACUUUGCCAAUGUACAUGGAAGCAAAUAGAUUGAUUCCUAAGCAACUCUGCCAUUUAUCGUCCAAAGAUAUAACCCUUGUUCAUCCUUCUGCCACCAUUAAACCAAAAUCACAGGUUGGAGGUGACUGCAUGGUUGAUGAAAGCGUUUCUGUUGGAGAAAAAGUCUCAGUCAAGAAAUCAGUGAUUGGCAAACACACAACUGUUGGAGAUAGAGUUAAAAUAACAAACUCUGUUAUAAUGGAUCACGUCACAAUUAAAGAUGGUUGCAACAUACAGAACAGCAUUAUUUGCAAUAAUGCAUACAUCAAAGAGAAUGCAUCUCUGAAGGACUGUCAAGUUGGUAAUGGUUUUACUGUUAAUGAAGGAGCUGAACUCAAGGGAGAGGCUCUAGUCACAGAUCAGCAUAUGAUGGACUUUGAAUAAACAUUUUAAGAGAAUACAAUGUGGAAACUGUACUGAUAAUGCUCAUAUGGUUGCAUGCAUAACAGCAGCGACCUUUCCCAUUCCCCUCCCCCAGUGUCUGUAGUUCAGCUUUGCAAGCUAUCACAUUCAAAAUUCACUGACAAAGGCCACCAUUGAAACCAAUAGACAAGAGAUUGUUUUGUAAUUGUUGAUUCAAUUCACACUGCCCCUAGCUACAUGUAAAGUGUUCAUACAAUUUCAAAGCAGAUUCUUUGGGGGUGACAAAACAUUGAUAGCAAUAAACUUCAAAAUGGUAUGGGAUUUGGGGCAGCUUGGGGGAAGGAGAACUAUACAGAAAAUAUACUGUUAAAUAAGUUAUUUUAUUUAUGCACCUGAAUUAAAACCAUGAACUAAUAAAUAAUAUGGGUGAAAACAUAAAAUGCAAUCAUUUACAACUUUUGCCAUAUUAMACUAUAUACAAAACA